UAUCGUAAAUUCGUUUUUAGUGGAUGCGAUUUUAGCGUAUCUGCUACAGAUGCUCUAAUCGCCCUAAUCGUGGGUUUUGUUUGAGAUGGAAACAUGGGGGGCUGACCUCGGCGGGCGUCUUUUAGCUGAAAGUAAUCUUCUCUGUCGACCCGUUGCAGAUCUAAAAUACAUGGAUGCCGCCGGCGUCGACCGGCUGAGCGACCUGACGGACUGCCUUCUCCACGCCAUCCUCUCCCGCCUGAAGGCCCGGCAGGUCGUGCAAACCUGCGUGCUGUCGUCGAGGUGGCGCCGCCUCUGGCUUGCCGUCCCGUGCCUCGACAUUGACGGCGGGGAGGACCAAGUUGGGGAAGAUGAGGAGCGGCACAACAAGCUGGACGAUUUCGUCGACAACCUCUUGCUUCGCCGUAGCACCUGCGCCUCCUCACCGCUACAAACCCUACGGGUGAGCAUCGCCUCGCCGCGGCCUCUGCGGAUGCGCGGCCUCCACGAGCGCCGUUAUUCCGUCUGCGACGCCCACACCAGAUGGGUUCGCCGUGGCCUCAAGAGCUCCCCGGCGGUGCUCGAAGUGCGCGGCGUCAAGCUGCCUUCGUUGUCCUCCGGCGCCCACCGCAUCACCAGGCUGCUCCUUGACGACGUGAUUCUCCACGGUGAUUUCGAGAAGCACCUCUUCUCCAGGCUCACACUCCUCCAAGACUUGGCCAUCAGAAACACGGACAUGUCCGAGAUCUCAAGGAUCGAGUCCAACACGCUCAAGAACCUCACCGUUGAGGCAGGCAACAUCUUAAACUUCGAGGUCAUAGCCCCUCGGCUCGCCUCGCUGCACCUGGCCGUCCAGUUCCGUGGCCUUCGAGACUUCUCUGUGACCGUACAGGAGGCGCCUAAUCUUGUCCACGCAUCCGUCCGCUUAUUGGACAACCCUCUGCCGGCGAAAGGAUAUCCCUUUGUUUUUCAACAGGAUGCAAGUUUGUUGCUACCGAUGCUAUGCAGAUUUCUCGCCUCUCUAUCCAACGUCAGGAGCUUGGAGCUGUCAGGAUUCAGUGAUAUGGCACAACAUACUUCGCCACCUCCUUCACCUGGUGUUCCUUGGCCGGCUGGGUACCAAUUUGAACUGAUGGUGCCAGGAAGUGAUAAAUCUGCCCCAUGUCCUACGUUGCAGGCGAUACUUGAUGAGGAGCACAAUGGAUUACCAAUGUUCCGCAAUCUAAGAACCUUGGUCCUUGAACAAUGUGAGAUUGGUGACAACAUUCAGACGUUGUGUAGUUUCCUGCAUAAUACGCCUGCCCUCGAGAAACUUACUCUGAAGAACUGUGAGUGCCAAAAGGUUCCAUCUAGUUCAGCUUCCAACAUUUUGGAGAUGGGGUUUAUGACCUCCAGUCUAAGCCUAGUACAAAUCCAGUACGAUGACAGAGAUGAUCAUGAAGGCCAAGGUACUCGACAAGUUGACAAUGUUGUGUCGAUGGUGGAGAAGAACAUGCCAGUGACUGCAAUGAUCCACGUGACUAAAGUCAGGAAAAAUUAGAAUCCUCUUUUUAGCUGUUUAUUAUGAAAUCAUUUUGCCCAUAGAUUAUUUUUUGGUAUAUUUGGCGAAUAUUCCUAAUACUUUUUAUCUCCAAGAAUAUAUUUUUGUUUACCCGUCCCA